AUGAAUUCCGGUGAAAAUAGCAAUAGUUUAAACUUAUCCAAAAAUACAUUGCAACAAAAAAAACUUGAUUAUUUUAGAAUAACAGGUAAUUUUGUUCAAGGAAAAGCAUGUUUAUUGUCAAAGUUGUCAAAAACUAAUAACACUACAAAUGAUGGAGCUAGGUUAAAGGAACAUAUCAUUACUCCAACGCAUAUCGGAAAAUCCCAGGAAAGCAGAUCAAAAAGAAUGUGCUCCACUUUUUUGACAUCCUUUUUUAAUCGAACAAAGGAUAAUAAUACGCUAGAAACAGAUAAUAAUUUUAUUGAUUUGACUGAAUCGGCUGAUGAUAAUGAUUAUAUUGUAUUAAUAUCACAAAGAAAUCAAAAUCAAAAACUCUUGGAAAUGACAUCUAAAGAUUCUAAACAAUAUGUUUGUAAUGGAUUUUUCAGGUCUGAGUAUGCUGUUUUUGCGAAAUAUGGUACUUCAAUUCUUGAUCAAAAGAUCAAAGUUAAAUACACGAUUCUUCGAAAUGAUGAUUUAUAUGAUGGAUUAAAUCGUGCAGGAG